AUGACCCGCCAGAGCCUGUGGGACGUGUCCGAGGCCAACGUCGAAGACGGAGAGAUCCGCAUCAACGUAGGAGGCUUCAAGAGGCGGCUGCGCUCGCACACCCUGCUGCGCUUCCCUGAGACGCGCCUGGGCCGCCUGCUACUCUGCCACUCGCGCGAGGCCAUUCUGGAGCUCUGCGAUGACUACGACGAUGUCCAGCGUGAGUUCUACUUUGACCGCAACCCCGAGCUCUUCCCCUACGUGCUGCAUUUCUACCACACCGGCAAGCUUCACGUCAUGGCGGAGCUGUGCGUCUUCUCCUUCAGCCAGGAGAUCGAGUACUGGGGCAUAAACGAGUUCUUCAUCGACUCCUGCUGUAGCUACAGCUAUCAUGGCCGCAAAGUGGAGCCCGAGCAGGAGAAGUGGGACGAGCAGAGCGACCAGGAGAGCACCACGUCCUCCUUCGACGAGAUCCUGGCGUUCUACAACGACGCCUCCAAGUUCGAUGGGCAGCCGUUGGGCAACUUCCGCAGGCAGCUGUGGCUAGCGCUGGACAACCCUGGCUACUCGGUCUUGAGCCGGGUCUUCAGCAUCUUGUCCAUCCUGGUGGUGUUGGGGUCCAUCACAACCAUGUGCCUGAAUAGCCUGCCGGACUUCCAAAUACCUGACAGCCAGGGCAACCCGGGGGAGGACCCCAGGUUCGAAAUUGUGGAGCACUUUGGUAUCGCCUGGUUCACAUUUGAGCUGGUGGCCAGGUUUGCUGUGGCCCCUGACUUCCUCAAGUUUUUCAAGAAUGCCCUAAACCUUAUUGACCUCAUGUCCAUCGUCCCCUUUUACAUCACUCUGGUGGUGAAUCUGGUGGUGGAGAGCACACCUACCUUGGCCAACUUGGGCCGGGUGGCCCAGGUGCUGAGGCUGAUGCGGAUUUUCCGCAUCUUAAAGCUGGCUAGACACUCCACUGGCCUCCGCUCCCUGGGGGCCACCCUGAAAUACAGCUACAAAGAAGUAGGGCUGCUUUUGCUCUAUCUCUCUGUGGGGAUUUCCAUCUUCUCCGUUGUGGCCUACACCAUUGAAAAGGAGGAGAACGAGGGCCUGGCCACCAUCCCCGCUUGCUGGUGGUGGGCCACCGUCAGUAUGACCACUGUGGGAUAUGGGGAUGUGGUCCCAGGAACUACGGCAGGGAAGCUGACCGCCUCUGCCUGCAUCCUGGCCGGUAUCCUGGUGGUGGUACUGCCCAUCACCUUGAUCUUCAAUAAGUUCUCCCACUUUUACCGGCGCCAAAAGCAACUGGAGAGUGCCAUGCGCAGCUGUGACUUUGGAGAUGGAAUGAAAGAAGUCCCUUCCGUCAAUUUAAGGGACUACUAUGCCCAUAAAGUUAAAUCCCUCAUGGCAAGCCUGACAAACAUGAGCAGGAGCUCACCAAGUGAAUUAAGUUUAAAUGAUUCCCUACAUUAG